CGGAAAAAAACAGAGCAUAUGAAAAUGUGGAAGUGGUUACCUAUCUUCAGCAUAGCUACUUUUCCUUCAGCUUUCUUUUCGUCAUUUUUUCCUUCCUUUCCCUUUCUUCCAUUUUGACGCUAUCUCAACUCCUCCUAAUUUCAAGGUGGUGAUAUAUUCUGCUAGUUUAUGUAUGUGAAAACCGAGGUAUUAUGAUCUACUGGUUUUCGAAUUAUAUGAAUUUCUGAAUUUUAACUUUAUGUCUGGAUAUGAAAGAAGAAAAUAUGUGGGUCAAUUUGAUGAUAGAAGCACUCUUGUCGAGAGCACAAAACAUGUUGGAAGUGCAUGGGCUCAACGACCAACUAAGUGAAAUUUAGGAGGUUUACAUGGAUGUUUUGGACAGUUUCCAAGGUUGGAUAUUUGAACUACAGGGUUCUCAAGAAAGCUAAUACAUUAGAUAGAUAUGACUAAGCUGUUGCGGACUAUUCUAAUCUUUCUAAUAUUCAAAAUUGACUGGAGAAAAUUGUUUCUUGUCUCUUCAAUUCUUACGAUAGGUAGUGUAUUGAUAUUGAUUUCUUCACUUCCUUAUCCACUGACGGAAUGGAUUUCCCAACCACACCCUGCAAUUUCAUCCUACUUACCCCUAAAUACAGCAGUACAUUUGGGUAAAAGCCAUUUGUUGGCGGCGGGUGUCCAUUUGGAAACUAUUCGAGAUACCCCAAUAAUGGUUUCCAAAGGAGAACAAAAGACAUCUCGACGAAGAAAGGGAAGUAGUAGAGUAAAGUCAAUCAAUAUGGUUUCCCCACCAGCUCCACAACAUAUUGUUAAAAAACUUCCCAAUCACAUACAGAAACACCUGUCCUCAUUGACACCAGAUAAGGCUCUUGCAUUUGCUAAAAGAGAUAUUGAAAAUGCAUCGGUAACCAGUGAUGAUGAUCCAGAAUUAUAUGCCCCCUUGUUUCGAAAUAUUUCCACAUUCAAGAGGAGCUAUGAAUGGAUGGAAUGGAUGCUAAAAGUGUACAUUUAUGAAGAGGGAAGAAAGCCUAUUUUUCAUACACCUCAUCGCACUGGAAUUUAUGCAUCUGAAGGAUGGUUUUUGAUGUUAAUGGAAGAAAACAGACAAUUUGUAACAAAAGACCCAGAAAAGGCUCACUUGUUCUAUCUUCCAUAUAGUGCACGCCAAUUACAAAUGGAACUUUAUGUUCCUAAUUCACAUAAUCUGAAGCCAUUGGCAAUCUUUCUACGUGAUUAUGUGAACAUGCUUGCAGCAAAGUAUCCAUUCUGGAACCGCACUCAUGGAUCGGAUCAUUUUCUUGUUGCUUGCCAUGAUUGGGGACCUUAUAUUUUAAAGGAGCAUGAGGAACUUCAGAAAAACACCAUUAAAGCUCUGUGCAAUGCAGAUGUGUCUGAAAAGAUUUUUAUGGCUGGAAAGGAUAUUUCCCUGCCAGAAACCACAAUACGACAACCUAGAAGGCCCCAGCGAAAUGUUGGUGGAAAUAGAGUGUCACAGCGACCAAUUCUUGCCUUCUUUGCUGGACACAGGCAUGGUAGGGUUCGUCCUACACUUCUCAAGUAUUGGAGUGACAAAGAUGAUGACAUGAGGAUUUAUGGGCCCUUACCUAACAGAGCCUCAAGAGUGAUGUCUUAUCCUCAACACAUGAAAUCAAGCAAAUACUGCAUUUGCCCAAUGGGUUUUGAGGUCAACAGCCCAAGAAUUGUUGAGGCCAUAUAUUAUGAGUGCGUCCCAGUGAUUAUUGCUGAUAAUUUUGUUCCUCCACUGAGUGAAGUUCUCAAUUGGGAUGCCUUUUCUGUUACUGUUGCUGAAAAGGACAUUCCCAAACUAAAGGAGAUUCUCUUAACAAUCCCCUUGAGAAAAUAUCUUAUCAUGCAAACCAAUGUGAAAAGGGUGCAGAAGCAUUUCCUUUGGAAUUUGCAACCUGUUCCAUAUGAUCUGUUCCAUAUGAUUCUUCACUCAAUAUGGUUGAGCAGGCUCAACCAGAUUCAGGUAGCACAAUCAUCAUAACUCACCCAUCUUUCUCUCAUGCACUCGUAUCAAUUUGUCAACUUUACUCCUAAAGCUAUGGUGAAUUUACAAUGUGAUCGAAAGAUCUAUAUAAUUCUGCUACCGAAUUAUUCGUACAUAACAAUUGUAUACUACAAAAUACUAACCACAAUCAACUAGAAGAUACACAGGGGUCUAUACCAAAUUCGUUUUCAUUGCUGCAGUUGCAAAUUGCAUUCUCAAUAUUUGUCACAUGCUUGUAACGUGUUCUCGUAGCGGUAAAUACUCUUCAUUCAAACUUGAUUAUUCCUCUAAAUUCUUUUUUCCAUAAUAGAAGAAUGAUGGUGAGAAAGAUUGAUGUUC